GCUAAAUGUCCUUUGGGGCAAACCCUCUCUCCCCCAUUCGAGAACCACUGAGUUCAAACAUUUCCCCCACGGUGGCCCUACAGGACUAUAGUCCCUUGGGCCCAGAAGCUCCUUCCCCUUCCCUUUUCUUGCCAGCCCUGAGGUUUCACUUUCACUUCCCAGGAGCUGCUUCAUGCAGGUCCAGCGUCUGUUCCCUGUUCGCCUGUUCAGGCAGUAAAUGCUGACGACGCCUGCCCUGGCUUUUCUUCGCCACUAAAAUCAGGAGUCAAGACUUCUCCGCUGGGGCCUCAAGUCUGCCCAGCCAUCCAGGAGUCUUUUAAGCAAAAGCCUCAGGAGCAAGGACAGGAAGAAGCCAGGAGAGACAUAUGGCUUUAAAAAUCUUGAACAUAGAAGACGAGGUGUCCUGUCCCCUCUGCCUGGAGCUUUUGACAGAAUCCCUGAGUCUAGACUGUGGCCACAGCUUCUGUCAAGCCUGCAUCACUGCGAACACCAAGGAGGCAGAGAUCAGCCUGGAAGGGGGAAGCAGCUGUCCUGUAUGUAGUGCCAGAUACUCACUUGGAAGCCUAAGGCCUAAUCAGCAUCUGGCUAACAUAGUGGAGAAAAUCAGAGAGGUCAAGUUGAGCCCAGAGGAGCUGAAGAGAGACCUCUGUGAGCGCCAUGAAGAGAAACUCCGGCUCUUCUGUAAGGAAGACCGGAAGAUCAUUUGUUGGCUUUGUGAGCGGUCUCAGGAGCACCGUGGCCACCACACGUUCCUCAUGGAGGAAGUCGUCAAGGAAUGUCAGGAGAAGCUCCAGGCUGCUCUGGAGAGGUUGAGGAAGGAGCAGGAGAAAGCUGAGAAGCUGGAAGCUGACAUCAGAGAAGAGAGAAUUUCCUGGAAGUACCAGAUCCUGGCAGAGAAACAAAGGAUACAAACAGAGUUUAUUUGGCUUAAAAUCAUCCUGGACAAUGAAGAACAGAGAGAACUGCAAAUGUUGGAAGAAGAGGAAAAGAGAAUACUGGGUAACUUGGCUGAGGCUGAAGCUGAUCUGGCUCAGCAGAACCAGUUGGUGAAAGAGCUUAUCUCAGAUUUGGAGCUUCGCAGUGAAUGGCCAGCAGUGGACCUGCUGCAGGACAUGAGUGGAAUCAUGAAAUGGAGUGAGAUCUGGACACUAAGAAAGCCACAAACUGUUUCAAAAAAACUGAAGAGUUCAUUCCGUGCUCCAGAUCUGAGGGCAAUGCUGCGCAUGCAUAGAGAGUUAACACAUGUCCAGUGCUACUGGGUGGACAUCACACUGAAUCCAAUCAACCUAAGUAUAAACCUUGUCCUUUCAGAAGAUCAGAGACAAGUAAUGUCCAUGCCAAUUUGGCCUGUUAAAUAUUAUAAUUACGGUAUCUUAGGCUCUCAGUAUUUCUCUUCAGGGAAACACUACUGGGAAAUAGAUGUGUCCAAGAAAACUGCUUGGAUCCUAGGGGUAUACUGUAGAACACAUUUCUGUGAUAGAAAGUGUGGUGUUGGACGAGGCACAAAUCAUCGACACCUUUUCUCCAGAUACAAACCUCAAUUUGGUUACUGGGUUAUUGGGUUACAGAAUAAAUUUGAGUAUACAGCCUUUGAGGAGACUUCUACGUCUGAUCCCAAGGUCUUGACUCUUUCCAUGGCUGUUCCUCCCUUUCGUGUUGGGGUUUUCCUAGACUAUGAAGCAGGCAUUGUCUCAUUUUUCAAUGUCACAAACCACGGAUCACUCAUCUACAAAUUUUCUAAAUGUUGCUUUUCUCGGACUGCUUAUCCAUAUUUCAAUCCUUUGAAUUGUCCAGGCCCCAUGACCCUGUGCCCACCGAGCUCCUGAACCUUCUUAGUCUCUCACCCACUUCUGUGUAGCACCCUUUCUCCUGGGCUUGUCUACACCCGAGCUUAUCUGCUGCCUUUUGGAUACCUCUUCCUUCCUUUCUCCUUCUUUUAUUCUAGAAUGUCUUUGUGCAGUGAUUUUCUGUGUGUAUUAAAACAUGCGCUUUUUACCCUUUUCUCAUUUAAUUCAACUACUUUUGUUGAAUUUUAGUAGUUCUGUGGUUUAAGCCUAUGUCAGUACCUUGAUUUUUUUUUUCACAGAUUAUUGAGGCUUUAUUUUUUUCAUAUUGGAUAACUUGCAUUAAUCUGCUUUUAAAUUCACUUAGUCUUCCUUUUGUGAUCCUGAAUUUCUCUUAAGCCAGUCCUAGAUUAUUUUUUGAGUGAUUGUAGCCUUUAGUUUUAGUAUUUCAAUGAACAAAACUAUUUUUAUUUGUCUUUUGACAUUUACUAUUUGCUCAUGAUUAUAAGCAUAUUUUCUUUCAUAACCUUGACCUUAGAUUUGGUAGCUGUGCAAAGUCCUUGUCUUUUUUUGUUGUAAAUCCUUGUAAAUAUGACAUCUGGAUUAUCUUGGAGUUCAUCUCCAGUGAUUGCUUUUGCUCUUGAGUAUGGACCAUGUUUUCUAGUUUCUUUGCAUGUUAAACAAUUUUAACGUAUCUAAAAUUCCCCCAGGGGAAUUGUAAAUUAAGUGUAAAGACUCUGGAUUCUGCUAAUUGUUCUGAAGAACAUUUUUUUUCUUCAGGCAGUUAACUUGUUUGAACUCAAAUUCGAAAUUCUCCCCUGCAUUUUGUAGCAGGUGAAAUCUCUGGUCAGUUUUUUGAUCUGUCUCAGACGUGCAGUUCUGAUUGUUGCUGAAUGUACAAUUUGGGAUUUCUUUCUCUGGAUCUCUCUUUUACAGACAUUCUUUUACCAUUUUUCAGCUGCAGGGAUAGCUCCAAAUCAUUCUUCUUGCACUUCAAGCUAAUAAGUCUGUAGCUGCUGGGUUUUAACUGUCUUACUACCAGUUGAGGUUUGCUUUCAAAUAAAAAGCCACAAAACCA